GCCACGCCUCCCCUCGGGGUGAAACCACGCCCCGCUCGCGCGGAGCCACGCCCCGCCGCCGCGUGACGGCCGGGUCCUCCGGGCCGCCAGGGGGCGCCGCGGCGGCGGCGGCGCGCGCCGGACGCUGCGUCAGCGGCCAUGGAGCGGCGCGAGCGGGAGGCGGGAGCGGCCGGCCGCUAGACCCCCCCCGCCAUGGGCCGGCGCCCCCCGUGAGCCCCCGGCCCGGGCCCGGCCGUGCUGGCGGCGGUGGGGGGGGGGGGUGCGGCGCAGGAUUCCCCCCCCCCCCCACACAGAACCGUGGGACCCCCGAGAGAGCGGCAGCCAUGAGCGCCCCCCCGCGGUCGGAGCUGGCGGCCGCCGCCGCCGCCCUGCUGCGCCUGGGCGAGGAGCGGCCGCCCGCCGCCGCCGCCGUGAGCCUGCUGCAGCGCAAGGGACGGCCCGAGUGGCGGCCCCGCGACGAGGAGCCGCGCAAGGGGGUCCCCAAGGCGCGGGAGGGGGGGGUCCCUGCGGCGCCCGCUGCGGGUGGGCUUCCUGACGCUGCCGGCGCCGCAGGAGCGCGGCCCCCGGCCCUGCGCCCCCGGCAUGGCCCCCCCGCUCGCUCUCCUGCCACGCCGUGGGGCUCCCCGACCCGGGGGGGCCCCUGCGGCCCCCGGCGCCCCGCUCGGGACCCCCCGAGGGGCGCGGCCUGGAGGCGCCGCCCGCCAAGAGAGGGGGAGCCCCCCGGGGGGGCUGCGUGCGGCAGACCCCCGCCCCUGAAGCCGUUCGCGCAGCCCCCCAGACCCGGCUGUCCUGCGGGGCCCCCCCCGGCCGAGCCGGAGGAGCCGGUGUACAUCGAGAUGGUGGGGGACGCCCGGGGGGCGCCGUGGGGGCGACCCCCGCCGCGGGGCGGGGCCCGGGGCGGCGCCCCCCCGCCCCCGCCGAGGAGCCCGAGGCCAUUUACGAGGAGAUGAGCUGCCCCCUGCCCGGCGGGGGAGGGGCCGGGACCACGCCCCUUUCGCGGGGCACGCCCCCUUCGGCGGGCACGCCCCCUUCGGCGGCCCCGCGCCGCACUCCGGCCACGCCCCCUACAGCGGACACGCCCCUUUCUCCGGG